AGAAAACCGCUUUUUUUUUUUUUUUUUUUUUUCAUGUCGCCUCUCUACAAGCUGAGGCAGUGAGUCGGAUCAAGGUAGAGCUGCUCUGACCAAACAGCCCGCUAUGGAAAUCCCUGCCAUCAAUCUAAAGGCCAUAGUACUGGUGCACUGGCUGCUUACAGUAUGGGGCUGCAUGGCGUGGCUGCCACUCUCCUUCUCUUGGGGUAACUUCAGCGUUUUAGCAGUUGGCGUCUGGGCCAUUGCACAGAGGGACUCAAUUGAUGCCGUGCUCAUGUUUCUGAUAGGGAUGAUUGUGACAAUAUUGACGGACAUCAUCCAUUUUGGAAUCUAUUACCGUCUGAGUGACGCGGUGGGAGGGGACGUGUUUCGCUUCAGCGCGGGAAUGGCCAUCCUCAACCUGCUGCUCAAACCUGUAUCCUGCUUCUUUGUUUACCAAAUGUACCGCGAACGUGGAGGAGAUUACAAUGUCAACUUUGGUUUCCCCUCUGUAUCACGAAACAGAGAUGCCUACCAGUCCAUUGACCAGCAGGAUGAGUCUCCCAGUCCGGCAAAUCCCUUCAACCAGGCCCAGGACAGCAAACCAGGAGUCCGCACAUACUGAGAGAACCAGGCGGUGAACGAUCGCGUGUUUUCCUCCGACUUUUGAUGCAGCAGUUCAGUGCUUAGGGGUAAUUUUUUUUUUUUUUUUUUUCCAAUCGAUUCCACUUCAGCCCAUUUUCUUUUUUUUUUUGUACAGUUGGUCUGCUUCAGAUUGCAGCACUGAAAACAAAUGGAGUGCCUUUAUUGUGGCAAAUCAUUAAUUCUGUUUGGAUUUUUUUUUAGGAUGAAUCGUGAUGUAAUUAAAACCAUUUUAAUUUUUUCUUCAGAGGUAGGAAUGUCUUUUGCUGAGCUGGCACAUCGCUGCUGAAUAAAUACAGAGGAAAAACUACCACUCCCACCCCCUGUUACUGUUUUUACCAGCUACUAUUUUUAGUGGAGAGAUGUUGGAUGGAACUGUUGUGCUUGCAGGAGUUUUGUUAGUUUACUUUUUCCAAGUGAGUCAUUUUUUUACAAAUGUGGCACAGACGUUAGGAGUCAUGUCUGGUUCUCUUUGUGUUCUGUAAAUUAUUAAGUACUCAUUGUAUGCAGUAUGUGAUUGUUAUUUUCCAGUCAGUCUUACUUAAAGCACUGGACAGUCAUGCUUUUGAAGCUACCUUGUGCCUUUGUACGUUUUCAACUGAUAAGAGCUGUGAAAUCCUUCGACUGAGUUGAAGACCUGAUGGCCAAAAUUGGAGAUAGAGUUACAGGCCUGUUCAUUUAUCUUGAUAUUGAUCUAUGCAAAAUCCAUAGUAAAACAUAAAUAAAUGAGAGAAAUAUGAAGACUUUUUUAAUGACCAAGUAAUGAUCAGUUCUCUGUGUAUAAAGAACAAAAUGCUCUCAUUUCAAACCAUCAUAAUUGUGUCACUUAUAGUUAUUGUCAUAUAAGUGAAGGGCCUUUAGACUGCCCCAAACACUAAUUUGUAAUGUGAAUUCUCUUUCAAUAAAUGACAGACCACA